UUACAGAAAACGUUUCUCUACGAUGAGGCCCUUUGGAGCAACAAGGAAACCUUUAACGUUAUUGGAGGGAAGACUGGAUUUGACGACCAUGAAACGAAGUUUCCCACCUACUGGAACACAUCCUUCACCAAGAUCUGCCUCGGUAUGAAGAUCAAUGACAACCAGCCCAAGUUUAUUGUUAUCAACCAGCAGGCCAACUCCUUGUACUCUCUGAUCGCUGAUGGGCAAUACCGCAACACCUUGCUGGGUCGUGACACGUGGAAGUCGCUGAUUGGUUCUAAAGCCUCCUUGCAGUACAACUGUAACAAGGAAGGGUUCAAUGCUGUUGGUGGUAGUAGUGGUCAUUCCAAAGCAAGAAUUGGUAUCAUUAGUAACCAGCAAAACAAUUGCGCCUCUUGCGACUCUAGAAUUGGAUUUGGCACUGGUGGAUUGCACGACAACAGCAACUCAUGUGGAAACGAGGCUACACAUGAGUCAGAUAAUCGCGAUAAGCAUAUUAAGACAAUGGGAUACAUUUUAGUGCAGUAAAAAGAAACUGAUCUGGGCUAAUUUACUUUUGGCGCCAAACGAAAGCUACCUCAUCUAAACUCUACAUCAAGUUCGUUUUUUGUGCAUAAACAAUAGACUAUUUAUAGAUUGAAUUAAAGUAAACCAUUUCCAUUAGAAAUUACAUACUCGGCUUCGCCUCCAGUUUUUAAACCUCAUAAUCCACCCUGCUCGUUUUUUAAACAGUACGGAAAACGGUCAAGUUAACCCAGGCGAUUUAAUUCAACAUAUGUUAUUGUUCAUUUUUAAUAUACAUUUAAAAAUUAACAAUAGUCGAUAAAUAAUAUUCAAUAUAAAUUAUCUAGGGCUAUCAGUCUUAGCUAACUUUGAUAACAGAGAGUUUUAGCAACGACGAAUGGAACGGCAACGAGAAGGUCUGAAAAAACAGUUGGUUUAUUGAGCAAAACAACAAGUUUGCACGUGCAUCACGCUUUUGUGUACAUUUCUUACUGCACGACUGCGACGUGAAAAUGUCUACGUUUUAUGGAGGACGUAAACAAGCGACGACGAAAUUUUCUUUCUCUAUAUAAACUUGACUGCGGUCGGUCCCCAAGAAAUCAACUCCAGGGAAAUUUGCGGCCUACAUUAGACAUUUUCAGCGAAUUGGAAUAAACGCGACAAAGUUUGAAAAAAAUUUCUAUUUAUUUUAAAGGUGACGUUUUCGCUGCCGCCGCCGUCGUCGAUGCCAUUGAGUCCCUAAAUGACAGUAAACAAUAACUAUUAAGUUUUUUUCUCUUUUUUAUGCUAAUACACAGCUAAUACAUUGGAAUUUGUUGUCUAAAAAGUCCAUCAUUGUUCCUUUAACCAUGGAUCCAUGCUUCAACUCAAUAAACAGUGAAUAAAUUUAAACAAUGUUUUUUUGGCUAAAAUUCUGCGUGGUUUGAAUUACCCAGAGACUGUAUUUAUUGAGUAUUUGAUCAAUUUUAGUUACUGGAAAACUCUAAACAUCCUGAUCUGACCACUAUUUUAUAAAUUAUAUUAUUUCGUAUUUUGCAAGAGCGGUGCGAACAUCUUGAGAAAGGGUUAAACAGGUUUUAGCUUUGUCCCAUUAAAUUGGAUUUCAACGCUCUUUCCUUUUAACCUGUCUAAGGGACGGACCAUUAGAAAAGUUAUGGUGGGGAUGGGGAAUUUUCGAGCCGCAGGAAUUUUUUUUCGUUAUCAAAUUCCUUGUAUGAAUUUUUUUUAGGCCAUGGCAUGAAUAUUUUUUAGGGUUAAUUGGCGCGCAGGAUUUUUUUUCAUUUAAUUUUCCCUUGCCCGAAUAUUUUUUUUUGUACUUCAUCCGGAAAAAAAAUUGAUUUGAGCACAGCGCUAUUUUCAGGUCUGAAAAAAACUCACCAACAUUUUUCUUUGAAUCAUUUUUAGAACGUUUUCUAGCAAUUUGAACUAACCCGAACCACGCAUCCCGUUCUUUUAGCUGGCGAGGAAAUUAAAGUUGGGUUCUUGCCACGAGCCGAUUUAAAUCAUAAAUUCCGCAGCAGGUGAUUCCUUUUAAUAAUGCGUUAAUAUUGAGUUUGCUAACAGUCAGGUGGACAUAAUAACAUUGUGCACAAUAACCACGUAUAAACAAAUCCUGAUAAUAAUUUGGUCUUGCGUUUCAUUCAAUUCUGAAGGGUUUCAAUCUGUAUCGAAGUCCCAAAAACUUACGUUUUAAUUAAGAGACAGUUGAUUCUCCCUAUUUGGCAAGUUGUCAUAGAAAGGUUCCCUUUUUCAAUGCAACACACGUACUUAAAUAAAUAUGUAAGACCGUAUAAACUACCUUAACAGUGCCGAGUAAUGAUCGGAAAAACCCACGUAGUCUCUAAAGAGACAGUUAACUAAAGAAAAAUAAACUUGUAAGUUGACCAUCGAGACAAUUUAAUUGAUAUUCCCUUGGCAAGGAAGAAGUAGUCUGAUAUACAGCCAUACUGAAAUUGCAGUACAGAAAACUAGCGCCAAAGAGUCUUGGAGCUAAAAAAAAGAUUAUUUAUUUUGGUAACGUCUCCUUUAAGCGCCGGCAAUACCCAGGCGACGUUUUUUUGUCGGUCUUGUUUUUAUAAGAAUGUGUUAUUUUUUCCAGAGCCUUGAUCGUAGUAACCAAUACGUUGGCGUAUAAAGAGUAUAAAGUGCAUGAGGUUUAAAGACUUGUCAUUGAUUGGCCCUGCCAGACUGAAGCGACGUACCGGACGAAGACAUAAAUAACAAAACUUUAACUUUGCUUUAAAAACAGAGGUUUUAGAACGACUAUCACUCUACAAAACACUGUUUUUGGCACUGUUUUUAGGACAGUUGAUUUUCCUUAUUUGGCAAGUUGUCAUAGGAGGUUCCCUUAUGCAACAGAUGUACUUAAAUAUUAGACGCAGUAUAAACUAAACAUAACUUAACAUUGCUAAUGAUUGAAAAAACCCACAUAGUCUCUUAUAUUGAACAGUAUAUUCUUCGUACUUGGCAAGUCGUCAAAAAGAUCUGUCUAUGAAGACUAAUAAAGCAUAAUUUAAUUUUUAACUAUAUUGGUCGAAAAACACAUUAAGCACUCCCUAGCACUGAAAUAACAUUUUGAAGAACAUUUUUAAAGGGAACCUAUCAUUUUUUUCGUUUUUCAAAAGGAAUAUAGAGAAUUACAUGUAAAUUCUUUUUAAAAAGAAAAGUAAUAGCCAUAUUAAAUUGCAGUGCAAAAAACUGUUAAGAUAUUUUCUAGCGCCAGAGUCUUGGAGCUAAAAAAAAUCAUUAAUUUUGGUAACGUCUCGUUUAAGGGGGCAAUACGCAGGCGACGUUUUUUUGUCUUGUUUUUAUACGAAUGUGUUAUUUUUUCCAGAACCUUAAUCGUAGUAACCAAUACGUUGGCCGUAGAAAGUACAUUAGUUGAGGUUUGAAGACUUGUCAUUUAUUGGCCCUGCCAUACUGAAGCGAGGUACCAGACAAAAAAAAUUUAAAUAACAAACAUUUAAUAUUGCAUAAAAAACUGAUGGUUUUUAGAACGGCUAGCACUUUGCAAAACGCUGUUUUUGGCAGUGUUUGUCAAGUUCAUCCACUGAUUUUACGACGUUUGUCAACCGUGAACAGUUUCACCAAUCUGAGAUGUUCUCUUUAUCCUUCUUCCAGCUCCUUCCCUUGUUUUCUGCGAUACCCAAUGCAGUCUUUGCUCAACUGGAAGGUUGGUGUUUCUUCUCUUUAUUGAUAGUCUAGUGAAAUUGCUCAUUCAAAGUAUUUUGUUUAAAUUAGAGGAAAAUCUAUGAAGAGGCCAGUUCAGGGAAGAUGGAGGCAAACAAGUUUUUCUCAUUAUAGUAUUUUGUCACUAACUAACAUGGCUCUUUUUCGGUUUCGCUUGGUUAAUUACUUUAAAAAUCGCUGAGAAUUGCGGCCGGCAUGUUAGAGAAAUGUAUGAAAGUUCCUAAAGUUGUGCUGGGGAGGGAGCUUAAACAACUAGGACAAAAACGAAUACUAGUUUUGUGUUGUUUUAAACUCGAUCGCGUUUAUAAAGUUGAGUUUUUAUCGCGAUACUUUAUUUUGUUUCGGUCAGUUUGUUAAACGCUGAUGAACCCUGUAAAUUUUCCUGGAGUUGAAUUCUUAAGGAGCAAGAGCCAUAAUGGUGCCAGUUAUGGCACGACAUUAAAAGUCAUAAAUAAAUAACAGUAGUGGACUGCCAUAAAAUCUCUAAUUUCAUGAAGAUGAUAAUUCCCAUUUUUCUCCUCCUGACCUCUAGGCUUUACUUUCAGCUAAGGUUUUUGAAUUUCAGUUCACAUAACGCGUUCAAUUUUUAAAGCCAUUCUUAAAGUCAGGAACUCCGUAAAUUAAAAGAUAUCUUAUAUGCACGACCCAUGCAUUCUAAAAAGGUAAAUUUUAAAACCAUUCUUUCUUAUAAAUGAUUCUUCAGAAUUCACCACCAUGUAUCAUCACAGCCUUCGUCAAGAUGUCUUUAUAAAGGAAGAGUACCAUUAUUUAAACUUUCCUAAAGUUGGAACAUUUAUAGUGUAUGACAGCCUUGACUGCACCUUUGAAUGCCUCGGCAAUCCUUCCUGUUUGUCCUUCAACCUGGCAGCUUACAAAGGAGCAGAUGGAAAGUUGCGGUGUGAGUUGUUAUCCUCAGAAAAGUACAGCAAUCCUGAGGAAUAUAAAAGGAACGAGAGUUUUCAUCACUUUUCCAUCAAGGUGGGGUAAAAUCUUUGCAUAGAGUUUAUUAAAGUAAGAUAUUUUUUGAUAUCCCAGUCAAUGCGAUUUUUAAUAACCUGUCACGAAUACGAAUCGACAUAAAAGUGACUACUGCAAGAUAACAAGUUGGGGUUAUUCAGUCGAAUGUCACUUUCUCAUUUUUUUCUUACUUCUGCAAUUUUUAAAGCAAAACAAAAUUACCUUACUAAACGGCAUUUGACAUCAACCUUUUUUUAAAAUUAUUUUAGACUCCAUGUAUGUCAUCACCAUGUCAGAACGGAGGCACCUGUGUAGCGAACUACAAGUAUCACUCGUUUGACUGCCGAUGCAAAGAAGGGUUUUAUGGAGAAUUUUGCGAAAAAGGUAAUUGAUAUUCAGACCGGGGCCCCCGUUCAAGUUAGGACAACCAAACUUAGCGGCUUUACCUAACAGUUAUCUAGGAAAAUUUUAAAGGCGUUGUGACGUGUAAGUCAGCAUUGAUGUUACCAUGGCAACCGAGUUUUGACAGCCAUGUUUUUCAAAAUUUGUAUUUUCUCUAAAAAAUAGGUUUGAUUUCUUUCUUUUACUGAUUGAAUUAUUACGUUAUCUACUUCCUUUUUUUUUCAGUUGCCAAGUCCUCAUGCCAAGACGUUUAUAAUCAGCCCACAGAAAAGUGAGUAAACCUAUACAUAGUAAUUUAAUUGAUGAGGAUAUAUCAGUUAAGGUCCGGGGGAUCAUUUGGAGUGCGUCAGUACUGUGUUUAAGAGCCAAAAAAUCAGCCGUCAAGCCUCAAAAGCGGAAUACAAUUUGUGUUGCAGAGAAAGUCAAUAUCACUUAAUUAAUUGUUAGAAUUUGUAUCGUGGCUGAUGGCUUCUAUUUCAGCCUUUGUUCUCCACUCUGGAAACUUAAGGUUAUUAGUAGAGACCUAACUCGUAAAAACUGUUGAAUUUUUAAAACAAAUGAUUGGUACUGUUCAGAUAAUAAAAACCAUAAUCUGUGAACACCACCGGACCAUCCUUCACUAAAGGCCCUCCGGCAAAAACUGUUGUUGAUGAAAUACAGUGGAACCCCACCCGCUUUCGCUUAAUACGAACACCCGUAUAAAACGAAUGGUUCGUUUGUACCGACAAAAAGUUCAAAUAUUUCAGUGCUCAUAAGUAAGCCUGGUUAAUAUGGAAAACGAACACUUUUCUGUGUCCCGAGUUACAAACUUAUAUAUAAUAAUUAUCGUAAACUCUCCCGGGAGGUCCUCAAUAAAGUUUUAUACGGGGAAGCUCUGCCCUGGGUCUAACUAUUUGCAGAUUAGGUACUCCUUUCGUAUACCAUUCCAUUCAUUUCUAAUGGUGGAGGGUUCGAGUGGCUUGCUGCAGGCAUUUUAUCCGCAGGGGGUACUCAAGAAAGUUUUAUACGGGGAAGCCCUGCCCCGAGGUCCAUGUCCAUACCUUUCCACAUACCAUGUUUGACAGAACAAGUACUCUUUUCGCAUACCAUUCCAUCCCUUUUGGCGGUUAAGGGGUGGGGUGGCUUGUUACAGGCAUUUUAUCCCCAGGGGGUACUCAAGAAAGUUUUAUACGGGGAAGCCCUGCUCCAAGGUCCAUGUCCUUACCUUUCCACAUACCAUUUUUGACAGAAAAGGUACUCCUCUCGUAUUCCAUCCCUUUUGGCGGUUGAGGGGUGGAGUGGCUUGUUACAGGCAUUUUAAAAUUAGCUCAGACAAUACAAGGGUCAAUGGGAAGAAAGACUGCCUUAUCAAAAUCAAACUUGCGCGCUAUUUUGCAGUUUCUUUUUUUAGUAACAAAAUCGUAUCAACCCUCAGAAACCUGUAAUUAUUUGAACAGGGUUCAUUGUAUGCAGUUAGUACGUGAUUGUGACAAGGAAAUAGGCAGUGGCAGCCAUAUAGGUAGCCAGUGGUUACCAGUGUCCAUAAAGCGGGAUUGACGACAUGAGAUUUUAAGACUUGGGACCACAGAAAAGUACCCGUUUUCCGUAUUAACCGUUGUCGGUAUUAAACGGGUUAGAGAAAAUAUGUGAGCAUCAAUAAACGUGCAAAACUACUGAGUAUCUGUGUAACAUAAUUCUGAGUAGUUGUCAAAAACAACCAAUCCAAGUCUUACAGGUAACUCGCGGGUAAAAUAAGGGUUCCUUUGACGUCAGAUGGGAAAAACAUGAUGCGCACCAUUUUCGCGGUUUUUAGGUCGCCCCUUUCCCCUUCCUUCUGAACAUCUGCUACGCUGUUUAGCCAUCUUCGAUGUCCGAAUUUAAUUCCUACAAAACACUUUAUUCAAAUACACUUUAUUAAAGUUAGUUGAAGAGCAGAACAGCUUGGUAUCAUAAAGCAAAAAUAAAUAUCAACCUGUGCUGGAGGUGAAAUUAUAUCAGUUCAAAGUACAUUAAUCGUGUAGUAUCUCGCAGUAACAUGAUGGGGAACCUGAGAAAUUUAGAUUUAACUAAGACUGUAUUGAAUUCCAUUGAUUCAUUUAUUUUUGUAAGAAAAAGCGAACCUUUUUUUUUACAACCAGUUAAGGUACAUUCCAUUUUUUCUCUCCGACAGUUAGGAGCUGGAAAAACUAAAAUGAGAUUCAUUUUGUACAGGUUGAACGUGACUCAGUUGGUCACUCUCCUCCUUGACUCCAAACUAGUUUCAGUUCUCUGUCACUUUGGAAAUUUUGGAUGCGGAGAUGGAGGAUGGACACCGGUCAUGAAAAUGGACGGCAAUAAGGUAAGACAUUUGUGUACGUUUUCCCUUAGUUUGGCGAAAAAAAUGUGUUAUUAAUGAUUAAAUACAGGUUUGUUAGCCGUAAUUUUCUGUUAGCCGUAAUUUUCAAUUAUCCUAGCCUGCGAAUACAGCCGUUUCUCCUUGCUCCUCGUCGCUAGGGACGUUUCAUCAGGAGGAACGUCUGCACCUCAGCGACAGAAAUUCCAUACUAAUGACGUCAAAUUGCAAAAUUUUCUGGGGGAGCAUAACCCCAGCACUCCAGAUUUGAGGCGCCUUCGGCGCUCUAACAUUUCUUCUCGUGCGUACAUGAUAAGUCCCUGGAUCUGAAAGAUUUAAGUAUUAAGAACACCUUGUGUUGUUUAUUGCGCUUUUCAAUACGUGAAUAAUGUGUGAGUUUAAUUCUAGGAAGUCAAUCCGUGUUCUAAUGAAUGACUGUAAAAUAUAAACCCCACUUGCACGUAGAUUCAAAGUUCUCUAACGUGAAAUUUGAAUGUUGCCACCUCGGAAACAGAAUAACUAGUGUAUAAAAGAUCACAACCAAAGCGUAUGCGAUCAAUCAAAACUUAAUUAAGUUCUCAGCCGCUUCUAUUCCAGCCCAUAUUUUAGUUCCUUACAGUAAUCAUUAACGAGCAACAUGAGCAUGUUUUGCGUAAAAGUUGCUCGCACUAGGCUAAGGUCGAAAUAAAACCCAAGGAUGCAACUGGCUGGUAAACUCGUCUGUUCAGCACUUACCUCAAACUACCACCACUGCGUCGUAUGUUUCGUCCUGAAUACUGUAACUCUUACCUACCACUUGGGUUGAAAUUGCUCCUUACUUCGGUCGCGCCGAAAAUUCAAGCGUUAUCGGAAAGAAGUUACCGGAAAUGUUGAAAUUUCCCGCCCGUGAAAGCUGUUGUUUCACGUUGAUCGUUUUUGCCCAUACAAGGCAAGAAACGGUCAAAAAUAACAAUAAGGAACAAUUCCCAUUGUUCUCGAAUUCAGGUCGCUUUUCUUGAUACGUAGGCUUCUGGAAUAUCUCGGUCAGUAGCAGAGGUCAACCGCCCUUCCUGUCAGACGAUGUGAAGGUUUUCAUCAAAACACGGAAGCCUGGUCUCUGUACUAGCGAAUACGCGAGAGUUAAAUUAAGAUAAUUAUAUUCAAUUCGGCAUUUUUCAAUCGCAUCAAUGAUUAAAGAGUGCAGUAUUUGUUUACUUUUUAUUCUAUCGGUGACCAUUAACGCCAUUUCGCCUGCUGUGGCUAAUUUCAUUUUAUAAAGCUGGAGAAGCAAGGACGUUGCAGAUAUUCUUUUCAUUGUAAUGGAUCUUUCAUUGCAAAAUCUUUUUUCUUCUUCUCCGGUAAGGAUGUUGACUUUAGAAGAAAAACGAAACCUUAAUUUUAACUUUUCUUUUUAAAGGACAUUUUUUCUAUUUCUUCCUUCUUUUUACCAUAGCAAACAUUUCAUUACGAAACAGCCUUUUGGAGCAACAAAGAAACUUUCAACCUUGACGGAGGGAAGACUGGGUUUGACUCACGAGAAACUAAACUGCCCUCCUACUGGAACACUUCCUUCUCCAAGAUCUGCCUCGGCAUGAAGAUCGGCCAAAAGAUCAGGUUUAUUGUCAUCAACAAGCAGGCGAACUCCUUGUACUCUCUGAUCGCUGAUGGGCAAUACCGCAGCACCUCACUGGGUCGUGACAAGUGGAAGUCACUGAUUGGUUCUAAUGCCUCCUUGCAGUACAACUGUAACAAGGAUGGAUUCAAUGCUGUUUGUGAUGAUCCUCGCUUUUCCAAAGCAAGAAUCGGUAUCAUUAGUAACCAGGAAGACAAUUGCGCCUCUUGUGACUCUAGAAUUGGAUUUGGUACUGGAGGAUAUCAUGAUGAUAGCAGCUCAUGUGGAAACGAGGCUACAACCGCUCCAGAUAAUGGCGAAAAGCAUAUCAAGACAAUGGGAUAUAUUUUGGUGCUGUAAGAAGAAACUUAUCUGGGUUUAUUUACCUUGGUGCCAAACGAAAGCUAGCCUAACUAAACUCUAGAUCCUGUUCGUUUAUGUGGAUAAACAAUAGACUAUUUCUAGAUUGAAUUACACUUAACCAUAAUACAUUAGAAAUGAAAGACACACUGAGAAACUAAGAUUAAAAUCAUUGGCUAAGUCAGCUUCCAUUGCUCCUUAUAGUUUGCUGCCCGCAGAUAAUCUUUGAAGACUGAUGUUUGAUGUGUACGGCGACGGCAACGAGAACAGCAAAAAAAGCAAUGUGUUUAGAUUGGCAAAGUAACAACUUUGCACGUGCAUCAUGCUCUUUUGUACCUCUUUUUUUCCUGAACUUUCAUACAGUCCUUGAGUCAACUCCAAAAACAAUUGCCAUCAUUUGACAUGGAAUACGCGAGAUAAGGUUUGAGGCCGUGAGCAAAUUCACUUUUUCAGUGACGUUUUCGUUGCCGUCGCCUUCGUUGUUGCUUAAGCUCCCUAUUGACAACAACGAGACUACGAUCACCCGGCGGACGAUCAUGCUCAAUCCACUUUUAAAAUCCAUGUUAAAAUGACUGCUGAGUUCAAACGGAGGCUUGAUUGCCAGUCGCUGUUUGGGAAUGAGCCAAAGCUCAUCCUCUGAACACAUAUUAAUUAAAACUGUAUAGCUUUAUUUGGUCUUCAUCAUUGCCCGGAUUCUCCUUUUUAAUGUUUUUCUGUCAGUAAUAAUGACUUAAAAAAUAUAGAUAUAAUGGUUAAGUGAAAGCAUCAUGUCUUAAAAGCGACACUUAUUAGUUUGUAUUAUUCUCUUAUAUUGUAAGGAGAGAUUUUCCAUGAAUUCUUUAUUUGCCUCGAAUUUCAUAUAUAGCUUUCAAAUAUUCGCUUUGACGUUGUUCUUAGUAAUUCAUACUGAAUUUGCAUAAAGAGGUUUUAGCUCCGCAAAAAGGCUCGUACCAUUUUAUUGUCCUUUGUUUCUAUUGCUUUGUGUUCGCAAGGUAAUAAUUCUAGAAAAAGCCAACAGUGUUUAAGCUGUCAAAACUAUUUGCCACUGACUCUUUUCAACCGGAUACGUUUAACUUCAAUUGUUGACUUUUAGAAAAAAUCAUUAGUUUUCAGAAUAAUGUCCACUAACUUAAGUUUAUCUUUUAAUUUAAGCUUUCUUUUUAUUCUGCACGACCUCAGUUCACAUUUGCACCUUUUUACAGAUGUACCUCGUUUUAAUUGGAUAAUACUUAUAUGUAUUUGCAAAUUUAACGUUCUUUAGUCUGUUGGCUAAAUAGUGGCAAAAGAUGAGUUUGGAAUAUGAAAGGUUUUGCUGACUUGCAAAUUCGAAAUAUAUUUGUUUUGCUUUUAAAUUAGAAAACUAGUAAUUAGUCCGCGUUUCUUUCUAUUUGAACAGACGCUAGCUGGUCUUGCAAUUUCAUUCAUAUUUUGUAAAAUACACUGUGCAUAAACGCUGUGUUGCUGACCUAGCAAACGCAGCUAGCUUUUGUUCCAGCACUUUUACUUUUUAAAAAUAGCAACAAUAACACGCUAUAACUAUCUCUUUUAUUUUAUUUUUAUUUACUUCUAUAGUGAAUGAUUUCUGUUUACAUAUCUAUUGUACUCUUUAGUUUUCAAUGGUUAUUCAAAUCAUAUAUAAGUAAGUUGCUUUGAACUGAUUUUUCGAUUACGUUGCCCAUUACAUCGCGGAUUUCAGAGCUGAGUACAUCGCGGAUUACAUUUUCUGAGCUAAGUUACGCUAUGUGUACAAGUAUAAACGCUGUUGGACCAAAGUUCAGUUUGCCUUUGCUGUACCAGUUAGUGGUUUGAUACCUCAAGAGAAGUGACGGCUCUUUCCCGCCAGCGAGUUGCAAUUGAGUCUAGUUCCCCCCCCCCCCCCCUUAAUCGAGAGUUAAAGCGCCGAGUUCCCGUUGAGUGUUCAAAUCGUUCAAAAGUGGAAAAACUUUCCGUCACAAUAUAUCCUUACCAUACUUAUGCUUGUACACUAUGAGGAAAUAAUUAUAAAUAAAUGCUCUACUGUCUCAAAUCGUAAAAUUACAAAACAAAGCGGUUCGUAUUAUAAAUGAUGUUCCUUUUUAUUAAUGAAAUCAAUAACUCCACACUACGUCUCCAAUGGCCUUUUGAAAUUUCUUGAUACUGUUAAACUGAACACAUGUAAGCUUUUUUUUAUUAUUUCCACUGUGAAAAGUUUCCUAAUAUACCUGUUUCACUAGUAUCUGGGCUACAUAAUCACAAUUAUACCCGCCGUGCAUGAUCUAAUCAAAUAGUUAUAUCCCCAUUACGAACUCAUCUCAGAAGAUUCUCCCCCUGCGUUAUUGGAAGAUUCUUUUUGCAUAGCAUUCCGCAAUUAAUCAGAGACAAACCAUCUAAAAAAUUGUUUAGAAAACUGACACUUUUACGCUGGUACCUUGCUCAAUACUAAUGAAACAUCAUCUCUGUAACAAUUCACUGAGCUAUUUUAUAUUUUUCCCAUGCUUUGUUAUUAAGAACUACAAGGUUUUUGUUGCACGCAACUUUAAGGGGCACAAUAUUAGUUUUUUUUGACGUGCCGCUCUCCUCUUUUUCCCCGGCUAUCUACAAUGUGAUUUAAUUGAAGUGCUGUAAUUUUGUCUUGUGCGUUUUCUUUGUUUGUAAAUUUUAUUUGUCACUUGCUUUUUCACCGUACAUGUAAAUCUAAUUUUGUAUUAUCUUUUGCUUAGGUUUAAAGCAACAAAUAAAAUGAAAUGAAAAAAUAUGAAAUAAUGACUUGGCAGACGCCCCCCUCCCUCCUCAAGAAAUCCCCCGAGCAAAUAAUCGCCUACCUGAUGUAAGGCAAAUGUGCGGUUUUUUUAAACUAUUGCUAUGGUUGACGAACACUGUGUGGUCAUCAGUGAAGUGCUUACCCAAUUUUUGUCACCCAUUACUGUUUCUUUGUAUUUUUGCCCGCGAAUACUAACAGCAUUCUCUCUUCCCUCCUCACGGCAUUCGCAGGCAAAUUGUACCUCAGCAACUGUGAAUAAAACCGUUGAAUUGUUUAUUGUCAAAAUGUUAUUUCUGACGAAUGAGCCCGCGAAGAAGGCAGAAAUAAAUAUUUUGACGGCACGAGAUACAACAGGGCCUGGGUACUAGGCCGGGUGCACCAUGGGUAGCCAUAUCGGGGGUAUAUAAGGCUGCGUAUAUCACGUGUACGUCAUCUAGGCUUACGAACCAACCUCUCUUUGGUUUUUCUUAAAUUUUUGUUUUAUUUAUUUUUAGGAGCAACCUAUUCUCGGUUACAUUGUUAAGUCCCGUAGGAAGGGCUUUGAGCUUGAGCCUUGGUUCCUACCCAGAUUUCCUGCCCCCUUUUAUUCCCUUCGGGGUUUUUUUGGGCAGGUUUUUUCUGGCCUCCGUCUGACCGCAUUUACUUCAGUUUGUAAGCGGUAGCUCAGCUCUGCUAGUUUUCACCUUUUUCUCGUUUCUUAUUUUAUAUAUUUGUGCAGUUAUCUCAGUUUUGCACCUGCUCCUUUACUUGAUAUAUUUAGUUUCUAUGUAUGCUUAGGCCAGCAAUCCCGGAACCGCUCUUUAGGAGGCGACAUAUGUCUCGUAACGCAGUUAGGUUGCAGGCAAUGUUACAGACCUCUAGCCAGGGUCGUUAUCCAUUUGUUUACCCUCAAUGUUCUGCGCUAGCCUUUUCUGGCAGCGUUACUGGAUAUUGGGCUACGUGCCUUGUUGGGUACAUUAGUGGAGAUAAUUCCCAGUUUUCCUGGCCCUCAGCCUCUGUGCUACUGAAGUGUUCCCGGUCCCAGUUAUCUGUUGGUCAGAGUUUUAUUAAAUUUCCCCAGCCUAACUGGCAGCCUAACUGGUACUACGCCUGCGUGCUUAUUUGGGGGAUUCAGGUCGAGAUCGACCAGUUGUAGCAGUUCUUUCUUUUUGCUUAGCCUCUGUGCCCCUACCGUGUUCCAUGUGCCAGUUAUCCGUUGUCAGAGUUUUAUUAAUUAGUUUCCCCAGCCUAACUGGCACUAAGCCUGCGUGCUUAUUUGGGGGAUUCAGGUCGAGAUCGACCAGUUGUAGCAGUUCUUUCUUUUUGCUUAGCCUCUGUGCCCCUACCGUGUUCCAUGUGCCAGUUAUCCGUUGUCAGAGUUUUAUUAAUUAGUUUCCCCAGCCUAACUGGCACUAAGCCUGCGUGCUUAUUUGGGGGAUUCAGGUCGAGAUCGACCAGUUGUAGCAGUUCUUUCUUUUUGCUUAGCCUCUGUGCCCCUACCGUGUUCCAUGUGCCAGUUAUCCGUUGUCAGAGUUUUAUUAAUUAGUUUCCCCAGCCUAACUGGCACUAAGCCUGCGUGCUUAUUUGGGCGAUUCAGGUCGAGAUCGACCAGUUGUAGCAGUUCUUUCUUUUUGCUUAGCCUCUGUGCCCCUACCGUGUUCCAUGUGCCAGUUAUCCGUUGUCAGAGUUUUAUUAAUUAGUGUCCCCUGAAUAACUGGCAGCCUAUCUGGCACUAAGCCUGCGUGCUUAACUGGGGGAUUCAGUUCAAGAGCGGCCAUUUGUAGCACGAGUUGUUUCUUUUUGUGAAAGCUAGUUUACGAAUGUUGUACAUUAGGUAUUCACCAGUAAUCACCUAUUAUUGUAUUUUCAUAAGUACUUUGUAGGGUUGGUUCUCGCCAAGCCGUCCCAAAAUAAACUUAUUUGCCAUUACGUUUUGUCUGUUGAUGUUGUGUAGUGGAGUCAACAUGAUUCCUUUUCUUCACACAGGAACUAAAAGGGAGUUUCUCUGAUUCACCUACACAAGUAACCACCCCACCCCUCCCUUACUAGGCAAGCUUUUAGUUGUUACGCCAGCUGGUACCUAAAAAAACAAACAACUGAAGGGAGACGCCAGCAGAUGACUUAAGGCCAUGAUGGGUAGAACUGAUAUUGCAAAAAAGGACAUUUCUUGAUUCAACCUACUUGAAAGAAAGUGCUCAUAACCUAAAAAAAGAUUUUUUUCAACUGAACUACAUAUAACUAGAAGAAUCUCUGGGAAAAAAUCGAUUUGAACACAGCGCUAUUUGCAGGUCUCAAAAACUCACCAACAAUUUUCUUUGAAUCAUUUUUAGAACGUUUGCUAAGAAACUUAAGUUUGAAAUUUGAACUAACCCGAACCACCCAUCCCAUUGUUUUAGGUGGUGAGGCAAUUAAAGUUGGGUUCUUGCCACGGACUGAUUCCAAAGCAGGUGAUUCCUUUCACUAAUGGGUUAAUACUGAGUUUGCUAACAGUCAGAUGGACACACUAACCACGUAUAAGCAAAUCCCGAUAAGAAUUUGGUCUUGCGUUUCAUUCAAUUCUGAAGAGUUUCAAUUGCAUCGAAGUCCCAAAAACUUUAAAUAGUUUUAAUAUAGACAGUUGAUUCUCCGGAUCUUGUUUACUGUGGGUAAUGUCGACCGAGAUAUCGGUCGACAUAGCGGUCGACUGUCGGUCGAUAUAGCGGUCGACACUCUGUCGAUAGUCGGUCGACAGUCGGUCGAUACUCGGUCGACAGUCGGUCGAUACUCGGUCGACACUCGGUCGACAGUCGGUCGAUAUAGCGGUCGAUAGUCGGUCGAUAGUGGGUCGACACUCGGUCGAGACACGGUCGAUAGUCGUUCCAGAUGUGUCUCGGCCGAUAUAGCUUUUCGUUCACCGACACUUCGCCGACUUUUCGCCGACACUUCGCCGACAUUUCGCCGACACUUCGCCGAUACUUCGCCGAUAGUUGGUCGAUAGUUGGUCGAUACUUGACCGAUGUAUCGGUCAGUAAUUGGUCGACACUCGGUCGAUGGUCGGUCGACACUUAGCAUUUCCUACAUUUUUUGGCUUGGAAAACAAGAAAUUAGAAAGCAUUUUCUAGCUUGGACCUAACUGUUUUUUUAAAUUGUUUUUCUGCUUUUUUAAUUUCAAACUUCAAUGUACUUAGCCAAAAUUCCGGAAUAAUAGCUAUUAGUCAUUUAUCUAGCCUUUUCUUUUAAUUCAUGUGAACGGGAUUUAGCCUAUCUGUAUCGAUGCCCACCACCUUUUCGCAGACGUUUCCUCCCCUCGUUUUCUUUUUUUUAGGGGUGGGGGUGUCUCGCUACGCGUAGCCGGCUAGAAUUGAAUCAUGAAGAAGUCCGCUAAGUGAGAAUCAUAGGCCUUCAGCUUCUUGUUAUGUGAUUUAUUCCCACCGUGUAAGGCCUAUAUCUGGCUAAAAAAAUGUAUUUACUGUUUUUCCUUAACAAGUUAAGAUAAUAUCAAUGUUAACAGGGCGCAUACUGUUUUCUUUUUAAUGGAUGACCAAAAGUGACUUACCAUUCAAUAUUAAUUUCUGUAUACGCAUGGUCGUCUUUAUUUUGAACACAAUAUAAAUAUAAAGCGAAAGGACAGAGCAAAAGGACAGGAUAAUGUAAUGAAAACGUAUGAGUAUUUUCCUUGCUGUAAAUUGAAAUCAUUCACACAAUAAAUGAAUGUGUUCAGUCUGCUGGAUAUUUUUGACACCUUCCUCGACGCAUUAUCACCGCGUUUUAUCAAUAACUGAUCGUUAAACAAAGGACUGUUCCUGUCUUCAAUGCAGAAAUAUAUAAGUUUAAUUUGUGGUCUCUGCACAAACGAUAACUUGGCGUGAUGAAGCAGGUCAAAGCCCGAUAAUAAAAGAUGUGUCUUCCUCGCUCUUAAAGCAUGUCAUGAGCUGCCUUUUCCUAUACAUUAUUCGUCCACGUCGGGACUGCGGGAGCUGUUAUUUCACUCGUCCUUAUUAAGUAUUCUUCGACUGCGAGACUACAGGAGCAGCAAAAUCAACUUAGGCUGAGACAGGUUCUGUUUAACAGCUAAAACUCAGACGAUCGGUGAUGAUACAAACUGGAAAAAAAAAGGUUAUCAUGUCCUUAGUUCCCAAUGCUCUUCGGUUCGCUUCACAGAGUAAUCGCGCCUCGCACUGCCACAUGUUCCCCCAUCGCAUGAUAACAGUAAUUAAUGACAUCUUUGCUUUAAAAAAGAGCCAUUGGACUCACCUGAUAAAUUAACACACGACCGAUAUUCGAACGACAGUUGACCGAUAUACCACCGACAGUUGACCGAUAUACCACCGACAGUUCACCGAUAUACCACCGACAGUUUACCGAUAUAUCACCAACAUAUGACCGGUAGUAAGUCGAGGUGCGUCGUCGAAAUAUCGACCGAUACUCGGCCGAUAGUCUAUCUCACUAUCGACCGACUAUCGACCGACUGUCGACCGCUAUAUCGACCGCUAUGUCGACCGAUAUCUCAGUCGACAUUACCUACAGUAAACAAGAUCCGAUUCUCCUUAUUUUGCAAGCUGUCAUAGAAAGGUUCCCUUUGUAUUGAUGCAACAGCCAUACUUAAAUAAAUAUUUAAGACUGUAUAAACUAGACAUAACUUAACAGUGCUAAUGAUCGAAAAAACCCACGUAGUCUCUAAAGCCUUACUGAACAGUAUAUUCUUCUUAUUUGGCAAGUCGUCAAAAAGCUACUGUUGUUAAAGACUAAUAAUUAACGCAUAAUUUAAAUUUUAACUGUAUUGGUCGAAAAACCCAUUAAGCACUCCCGAGCAUUAAAAUAACAUAUUCAAGAACUUUAUUUUAAGUAAAGCUAAAGGGAACCCAUCAUUUUUUCGCUUUUCAAAAGGAAUAUAGAGGAUUCGAUGUAAAUUCUUUUUGAAAGAAAAGCAAUGGUUGUAGUUAGAUUUUUGGACGCACAAAAAACGAUUUUGCGAUGGCUGCUGAUUGGCACUUUUAUUCAGACCGGUGACGUCAUUGAUGGUAGAAUAACGCAUUUACGAAAAGACUAAACAUAAAGUCUUUUCUGAAAAUAUAACUUUCCUUCCACCCCAAAUCACCCUAAAAAAAAUUUGCUGAGUCAGUCUCAGUUUUAUGCUUUUUAUGUUGUAUGUCAACAGUUAACUAAAGAAAAAUAAACUUAUAAGUUGACGCUCGAGACAUUUUAAUUAAUAUAACCUUAUUAAAGAAGAAGUAGUUUGAUAUAAAGCCAUAUUGAAUUGCAGUGCAGAAAACAGUAAAGAUAUUUUCUAACGCCAAAGAGUCUUGGAGCUAAAAAAAAUCAUCAAUUUUGGUAACGUCUCCUUUAAGGAGGCAAUACCCAGGCGACGUUUUUAAUGUCUUGUUUUUAUAAGAAUGUGUUAUUUUUUUCCAGAGCCUUUAUCGUAAUAACCAAUACGUUGGCCGUAUAAAUUGCAUUGGUUGAGGUUUCAAGACUUGUCAUCAAAUGGCCCUCCCAGACUGCAGCGAGGUACCAGACAAAGAAAAUCAUAGAUAAUAAACAUUUAAUAUUGCUUAGAAAACUGAAGGUUUUUAGGAUGGCUAUCACUUCACAGGACACUGCUUUUGGCGGUGUUUAUCAAGUUCAUCCACUAACCAAUACGUUGGCGUAUAGGCGAAUCUUUGCUGACGUCAUUGUUUACAUUUUUCCUAAUUAGCAUACGACUUAACUCAUAGAAGCCGUGGCCGUAUAUAUGAAUUAAAUGCAAAAGUCGAAAGAGCUGAUAAAGUUGGGCAAUUUGUGCAAUUUUCAGCUCUUUGCGAGCAAUAUUGAAGGAAAUAUCAGUCAUCAAAAACUGCGAAAUUGCUGUGUGGCAAAAAAGUUAAUUAGCCAUACAUUCUCUGUAAAAUUUCGAGUUUUUAGAAGAGAGUUUCUCCGAAACCAUUCAGUGAAUUGGGCUCAAAUUUUCAGAGAUAACUGAAACUGUUAUGCCCUUUCAAUAUUCAGAGUUUUUAUUUUAUUAGCGUCAUCAGACAGUGAUAAGCAUAUUUUAAUGAGGCAAAAAGUGUAAACAAAGAUUCGCCCAUACAGUGCACUGCGUUAGGUUUCAAGACUUGUCAUUAAUUGGUCCUGCCAGAAUACUAAAGCGACAUGACAGACAAACAAAGUCAUGAAUAACCACAUUUCAUAUUGUACAAAAAAAACUGGUGUUUUUUAGAACGGCUAUCACUUUACAAAACACUGUUUUUGCACUGUUUUUAGGACUGUUGAUUUUCAGCUAAUGCACCAAUUAUUCGGUGCCAUCUUGGUCUGUUCGCUGCCCUUGAAGUUGCUGAGUUUACAGAAGUUAGAGUAAAGUGAUAUUCUUUGGUAUUUUACGUAUUAAGCUAAAUUUUUCAUUUCCCCUUUCUCAUUUCCCUAUGCACCUUUAUGAAAAAAAGCUUGUUAUUUCUCCUGCAGCAAAGCCAGAGGUGGAAGAAAAUAUCGCCGUGUCUGUUUCUAUUUUUUAUGGCUUUUCAUUGGUCAAAAAUCUGAGAGACGCAAAUAAAUUAUCGAUAUACAGAAGCAGCUGCUUGUUGUUUGCCGCCAUAACGGCGUUAACACCAUAGUUGGUACAACAAAGUGGAGUGAAGAUUUCUGCCACAGUAGAAAGAAAAGACAUUUUAUUCAAACGUUCAAAGUGCUUUAGUCGUUAUGUUUCUUGUUCUUAUCGUCUUGUGGACUUCGAUGACGCCAUUCUGUGUAAUUCAAGGGCAAUUCUGCAGUGGAGGUAAGCCUUGUUUGUGCGGUGUACUUGCUAAACAGGGAACAUCUUAUAUUCGCGAAAACCGUUUUUAUCUAGGGAUAAAAGAAAAGGAUAAAACAUGAAAUUAAUGGAAAACAAUUUAAUGAUGAUUUACAUUAAUUUCGUCUGUUCGCAAGGUUCAUUAUAUUGUCUUAAAUAGACCCUGCCACGGUUCAGCUUUUUUCAAGUUUUAGUAAAGACCAGUUAGCGAAUAUCCAUUGAUACUGCUGGAAAUAGAGCCUUAACAUUAGGAACUUGUUUACCAGGUUUAAAUGUGAUACGUUAAAAGAGAGCGAAGAUAUUUCUCUUCAAUGUCGCUAAAUGUUACAAACGAACUUGCCCCCAUCAUACAUUAACGUCUGCAAAAUUCGGCGACUAUGCAGAGCUAUGUCUUCGUUAGUUUUCGAUAAGUUACGUUCAAACUAGGCAACGUACUUUGUUGAUUUUAAGGCGCGUUCUUUCCAGUCGAACAAAGAAAGGGUGAUAACAAACAAUAAAGUUAUUCAUCAUUCAACUUCACUCAGUAGAGUACAAAUAGCGCUACGUUGUCCAUUUUAGUCAUUGAAGUGAUAUUGACAACUUUUGUUUGAGUCAACAUGAGUUGUCUUUAAAAGAUAUCAACCACAUAAUCACGAUUAUAGCGGAGCUCUGGCGCAGCGGAGCACCUUGAGUAAGAAAAUUUGGUAAACUAUCCAUCAGAGAAAAUUUGGUCAUGGCGUCACCGUACACCUGCGCGUACGUACGUUCUUUGGGGGCGGGGGAAGAGAGUUUUGAAUCAGCCCGAAUCGGGUAGGACCCUCCGUCCGCACCACAGGGAAAUCAUAUUUUAUCUCACACUUACUAGCUAGUUUGGGAACCUGCUACUUGAUAUUGAAAAUCCAUGUUGUGAUCAAUUGACAGCUGUCAAAACAGGGCAUCCGCUGACCAGCAUCACCUGACUCUGUAUCGCGGGCUCAGCGGUCCACCCAUUGAGGUCAAGUAUUUUUGAAGUAAUCCGCUGACAAGUUACUAGUUUUCAAGUGAUCGCAGACUUAAGUUCAAUUUUUUUUAAUUCAUAUGAAAUUUGUUGUGUUAAUAUGUUGUGUUAAUGUGCGGCACUAUAAAAUUUUGAUUUCAAACUGACCUCGGACGCGAAAAUUCAGCUAGCUAUUACAGGCAGGGAAGACAGUUGCCUUUGACUUUUGUCACCAUGGUAAUGCGUUAGUCAUGCUCUACGUCCAAUUUUUAUGCUCUGAUUGGUCAAAAUUUGACAGGUGAGUUCAUGCAGGUUUUUGGUUGAGAAAUGCGUCGCUUGUCAAAGUCGGAAAUCCGAUUUCGGAUGGCAUAGUUUUCGUUUUUCACCUCGCUUGAUGAGUAAGAGUGUUGAAAUCUCUCAAGCGAUUCUGGCCUUCUUGAAUGGUAAACUUGAGUAAUUAUAUAUUUGGUGUUUGUUUUUUCUUUAUCUAAUUUCGUGAAGUCGAGCGUAGUUAAUUAUGCGGCUAAUUUGCACGUUUGUAAGAUUUAAGACAAUGAUCUGACUUAGUAUCAGCUUUGAUAUAAGCUUACAGAAGCUUUAGACAUUUUCCCACUGCAAAUAGAAAUAAACCGUUCCGAAGAAUAUUAAGUUAUAAUUUUGGCUGUAAAAAGAAAGCUUUGAGCGAUUUUCUUGCCUCGAGUUCAUCUUUGAAAAAAGCAAACAGCGGGAAGCCGGCUUAAAACAUAAACUCAAGCUUAACCCUUGAAGGCUCAGGAUUUUUAGAGCCACUUUAAUACUUACAACUCUUCGUGAAUGAAAAUUGUUGUCUCGUUAAAUGUUUCACCAAAUUUCAUUUUUUUUUUAUUGACUGUUAGUAGUCUCUCUUGCAAUUUUAAUCGCUGUGCCGUUUGUUUUUAGUCGUUCAUGAACAUCGCUUUCAGGAGUACUCAAAAUGCUGCGCGUGUCAAACGCUCAGUUUAACGUACACAUGGUUAUAAAACCAUUAAAUAAAAAAUAAACAUAAUAAGUUCUUUAUUAUGUUGAAACGUAACUCUAUUAAUGCGCAAACAUUUGACAGCUCACACUGCAAAUUAAACUUGGCGCUUAUCAAAAGUGGGAACCGGCUGGUCGUAUAGGUGAUUUCGAAAUAAUUUUUUGAACGGCUUCGCUAAAAGCCCACGCGUACUUCGAUCGUCCUGAAUAUUAAAUAGGUGCAAUUUGUCUUGCAAAAUUGUGAAAUACGUUACUGCAUUCUGUCCGAGGUCUGUAUGGUAAAAACAGCGCCUCCUAGUAUACUGUUUCACCUCAGAUGUGAUCUAUAAAAAGUAUAGAAGGCUGGUAACACGCCAUCAGAUUUGUUGGCAAGAUUUUAGAGUAAACUGCCAAACGCAGAAAAAUUGGGCCUGAUUUGUUUUCCAAGAAUUUGUUUUUCAGGCCUAUUCCACUGUGAUCAAGGCUCUUAAAUGCAAUCGAAGAUUGUUGCUAUUUUUUUGGGUGUACAUAUAAGGCUAUUAACUCGAUGUGAGAUUUGUUUCACCCUUCAAUUAUUAUUCUCUAAACUCGCUUAGCCUUUCCCUCAAACGUCACAUGAAAGGUGUCCUGGAGUUAACUUAUUUGUGGAUUACAAGUUUUUGUUUGAUUUAAGUUACAAAUUUAUUAGUGAGAGCUUCGCUUUUAACCCUGGCUAAAUCUAUAUAUUACUCAGUUAAAAACUGGCAUUGGAAUCUUUUCUGAUAUUGCCGGCACUGUCAUGACCUACUUCCGACUAAAUACUUUUUGGCUACCAUGCAACUUGGAGUGCUGUGGGAAAAAUUAACGAUACUGCUUGUUUUUCUCUUUGAAGUUUAAUUUCCUUCUUUGGGCAUAAGGUUGUUUCGUUGGGACUGAGUGAAGUUUCCUUCGAGUGGUUUGUUGCUUGGGAUUAUUUUGAUAUUCGUUAAAGGCUGAAAAAGUAAGUUGUGAAUUGAAUGCCUGGAGAAAGAUCUCCUCAUAUACAAUAGGUUGUGUAUUGAACGACAACCUUUUUUCAGCGGUCAUUGCAUUUAACUUUUCCUUAAUUCUCUCAGACACCUGUCGCCAGCUAGAGUUCGACCACACUUUUGAUGGAAGGCGCUUCAAAAAUCACGUUAUUCGUACUGUUGACGUCGCUGGGGAAAGAUCCUGCCGGACUUUGUGCUACAUGGAACCAAACUGCGUCAGUUACAACUUUAACAAAGUCACAAGGAAAUGUGAGCUGAAUAAUUCCACUUUAAAAGAAGGGAAAGAAAAGAUGGAGACAAAUCCAGAUUAUAUAUACUGUGAAGCUAGGGUAUGAGAGCUUUUAUCCCAGUAUACAGUGUACGGAUAGGGAAAAGUUACAAUCUCAAACUCAUUUUCAAAUAAUAUCUGGUUAAGGGAAAUAAGCUUACAGUCAGGGUACCCAUUAAGGGAGUAUUAAGCAAGCAAGCAUAUAUGCCUUUACAAAAUUAAUGAAAUUCAUACAUACACGAACAUUUUUUUUUUUAACAACGGUACACUUUUUUAUCAAAGCGAAAUACACAGUGUCAUCUUCUGACAGAGUCUAUAGAGAGUGAAAUUAACCCCUAAGAUUAGGGAGCUUUUCAAAGGUCAGAACAGGCCGGCCGCCCCGGUCAUAUUGAAAAUGAAAUAUUCGUUUCUCGAAAUUUUUACUAAAACUCAUCAUAGCCGUGCAAACCAUUUAGAAAUAAACUGAUCGGGCUGGAUAGUCCUGAUUAGUAGUGGAAUUCUCCUCAUGAGUGGACUGGUACAUUUAUUACACGUACAUACUGACUAAAAACAUCCCCUGUUCGCAUAUAGCUUGGCUAUAUAUUUGCGGCAGUCAGAGGAUAACAUUAUAAAGUAAUUCACUACGAAGGAAUUACUCAAGUAGAUUAAGGCCUGGGUCAUAACAGAGUUUUCAGAAUUUUUAAAGGGCGUAGUAUAACGUAAAGUAUUUUCAAGAUAUCCCAUGACUAGCAAUUUAAGGCCAAUCAUAACCAAGAAAUCUUCCAGUUUCAUCUUAAAAAUUGUUUAUAACUGCAUCAUGUGACUAGCCACGCCCUGUUUUACCAAGAAAUCCUUUGAGUUGAAAUUCCCAUCAGAAAGAGAGUAAACCGUUUUCGUUCAGUAGGUUCAAAAAGUGGCUACUAAUAGUCUUCAUGUAAAAACAAUCGGAAAGAGACGAGGUUAAUAAACGUCUUUCUCCCGUCGAUGUCGAAGUCAGAGAACACUAAUUGCACCCGCCAACUGUAAUGCUUCGAACCAUUCCGAGCUGAUUUCGAAGACACUUUGUAAAGACAAUGUUCUUAUACAGAGAAACUGGAGCUACUUGUUUGGCAACUUGUGGGAAUCGAUGGUUACAAUUUUCGAACAAUUGAGGGCGUGGUCGAUCACGUGACCAAAUAAUUGAAAUUUAUUUUUUCAAGUUUUCUUAAGUUUAGUUUACUUUACGAUAUAUCGUCCGACGUGAAUGUCUUUAACCAUAGUUUUUGGAAACUGUACAUAAAAAUUAUAAAUGACUUAGACCCAGGCCUUAAUCUACCUGAGUAAGAAAAGGAGCAUUAAGGAAUGCCUUUUUUCUUGUCUCUUACCAGAAUGCCUGUGGGAAUAAACCUUGCAACAACAAAGCAACCUGUCAAACUGGUUUUACCGGAAAAGGAUACCGGUGUUUGUGUACUGUUGGAUUUGAAGGGGAGCAUUGCGAGAACGGUAAUUUAAUCCGGCAUGUUUUCCUGCUAGAAUUUGCUGCCGCACCAAAUGAUCUUUUCCCUUAAGACAACAACAAAUUUAUUGCACAUGGAAAAGUUUAUAACUAAUAAAUUAAAGUAAACUGAAAAGGAAUAGGGAAAAAAUUCACACAACCCUCAGUUAGCUUAAGUUAAUCAAGGCGGGAGGCGAAGUGGACAAGAAACAAAAAUAAGAAAAAAAUAUAUAUUAUAUAUAAAAAUGAAAGACAUAAUAUAUUCGCUGUUUCAACCGAUUUUUGCCACAUAUCCCGGCGUUUACGAGUUUCAUUCAGUUUUACUCGUUCUUAUAGCGUGGUUACUUUGAACGAAAGUAAAAAUAAAAUAAAAUACUUACAGUGCGUCCACACGAACCGAGACCACCCAGAAAAUUGAAAUUAGCCAAUCACAAGUCGAGAUCUAAAAAAUGAAAUUGCGCAUAAUUGUACAAUUUUUUUAAAGGAUGUAAAAAAGAGGAAUAGAGAGUACGAUGUUUUGACAUCGGCCGGGUUUGGCCAGAAUCAAAGUCAGCAGUAAAGAAAUUUUGAACAAUCCGCAGUUAAGGCGACAGCCACUCAUUUCAUGGCAAACGGCGCUCAGCACUGAGUAAAUCGCAGCCCUGGGGCCCGUUUCUCGAAAGUUCCUAUAACCAACGGGGCCGGUAAGCUGUUGCCGUUUACAUUAAGAUCGAGGUUUUAAUAGUUUUGCAUCGAACAUGAUAAAACUAUCAGUUAAUGCAUGAGACAAAAUGGAGGUGUUUGCUAGCCAGGACCCACGCUUUUAUUCUUUAUAUUUCGAUUUCAGUAUUUCAUCUCAAGCCCGAAAAGUUACCAGGACUUUCGAGAAACGGCCCCCUGGUUAUUAAAAAGAUAUGGGCUAGGUUAAUGCAAAUUACAAUAUGCAACAAAACUGAGAAUGACUAUAGACCUCUCAAGAAUAGCGAAGGAAAUCGCCAUGGUUAGUGGAAUUUUUGUCGAGGGAAGGAGGCAGACGUUGUUUUAUUCUUGGAAGUGACAAAAAUACGAAAGAUCUGAAAAAAUCUUCGAAGCCAACUAGUCGAUGAUUGCCCCAAACUAUAGUAAGCAACGAAGAAACAAACAAAACGUAUCAAAAUCCACCAAUCACAAAUCAUGACCUUUUGAACCCGUUCAAGUGAACAUAUGUUUCCUAAGAGGUCCGCUAGAUGAUUGACAGAACAAACACAAAUUCCUGCGAAUAAUAAAAACGAUGUUUGGUGAGCGGCCAACCCAGGCGUUGUCAAAACAUUUUUCAGCAUGAUUUACACAAACAUCAUGAUUCUUUAUUUAUAUCCAUUAGAAAACUGGUUCGCAACGUAUUUUGAACUGGCUCUGAGUACGAAAUUAUGCGCAAUUUCAUUGUCUUGAUUUCGAAAACACUUAUGAUUGGCUAAUUUCAAAAUUUGACUCAUUUUUCAUGUCUGGUUGGCCUCAGUUCGUGUGGUCGCACUGUAAUAAAUAUGAUUUUAGUGACCUUUAACGGCCGGGCUCUUCGCCUACCACAUUCCAGAUCGACUUGGAAUUUAAAAAUGUUUGUAUUUCGGUAAGGAGAGAGGAAAGGACUGACCUGACCUAAGGGAGUAAACGGAGAAAACCUCUCGGGUAAGGGCGAGAAAUAACAACAAACUUAGACACAUAUGGGAUUGCUUAUUAAAGAAGCUACAGCUGCACCUAUUUAUUUUAAGUAGGCUCCUAUCUUAGACACCUGAAAGUGAAACAGUACCACUGUCUCCCUUGGCCUCCUUUUAACAAGACCGGGGGGCUCUUUAAAUAUGUCUUAUGAUACAAACACUUCUGUUAGUUUUUAAGUAGCUAGUGAGGUUGGCCUUUGAAGCUUUAUUAUGAAGUCGAUAUGAAAACAAAAUCUUUGUCCAGUAAAACUGACUUGACGGGUUAAAGCAUUGAUUGGUGUAUUCACUUUGAUUCCUGAAAAAAAAGUUAACUUUGAACAGGAUCAGCUCUGGGAAAAAGAGGCAAAAAGCGCAAGCAGAUCGGGGCGGAAGAAAAGAGGCAAGAAGGGAGGGGGCGCGUCCUUUAUCAAGAGGGUUCUGUGGGUCCAAUUUUCUUGUGGGUACGUUUAAAAGUCCAAUGGGAUGUUGCCAUUUUCAACCUGAGUCCUCUGCCUUCGUAUUUGUCUACAUCAAAAGAUUUCAGCCAACCAUUCAGUUCUCGUGAGUAAUUCGUUUGAUAAAUAUAACCAUGGAUUGACCAUAAACUGUUUUAUAGACAUUGACGAAUGUGCAAAAAAUACCCACGAGUGCGGUGCCAAUGCUUACUGCAGUAAUGCCAAGGGAGGAUACAACUGCACUUGUCAUCCGGGUUAUUAUGGAGAUGGAAAGAAUUGUGAACCAGGUAAGUUGGCAGAUAGAGAAGUUUCGAGAGAGUGACGAGAGUGAUGACGCGGAGAGUGGUGACGAGAGUGUCAUGCUCCUUCAAAAAUGUUGUUUUGUUCAUAAAAGAAUUUGUCUUUUCGACGUUCUCGAGGCCUGGUUGCAUGCUUAAGACCUAUUUUCCUUCUUAGUAAACGGGACUCCGUUUUGAAUAGUAUAGGAAAAAACUGAAACUGGCGUUACGUUGUGGUCGGAGCAAUUUGGCCAGCAUAAGAUCGGCUAAAUUACUCGGGCGCAAAGCUUUUUCAAAUUAAGGAGUAAACAUUUUACGAAUUCAAAAAAGAAAAUAUUUUUCCUUUAAGUAGUUAUUUAAAACAUCCUUGCCCAUGUUUCUUCUUACUGGUGAAUGUAAUCCCUACAAAAUAAAACAGCUAAGACGUUUUACCGCGGUGACUACAACUCGCACGUUAACAACUCUAUUCAUAUCUGACUUUCUCUUAUUUUGUUACACAGUUUCAUCAUGCAAAGACCUUUUUAACAAGACGAUGUGAGUAAAAACAACUACCGUAAAAUUCCGAAAAUAAGCCCCUCCAAAUACAAGGCCCCCUAACCGGUAACGAAAAAAACCCUCCGUUAAAUCGCCCCUUUAAAUAUAAGCCCCCUUAGGGGCUUGUAUUUGAAAAAUUGCCCUCAAAUACAAAGUAAAGAAAAGCAAAAACGGUAAAUUUACUUCCAACCAUAAGGCUAGCCCAAUCGAUUUUGAAACGCAAAUUUUACGGUACUUUAAUUUUUCGGACCAUCAAAAUCUCGAAAUUUGUCGGCUGUCAAUUGAGAAUGAGGCUUUGUUGGAGAAUAAAAAAAAAAGAAAACACCUUAAGGUUCUGGAAUGAAUAAUGCAUUCCUUUUGCUAAAUUAUUCCCCGAAGCCUGGGAGACAAGUAUGAGUUUUAAUAUCCUAUUGGCAGUUGUCAAAAUGGGGCAUCUCCAAGUGACCUGCCUGUAUCACAGGUUAGUCUCAUACACAGCCGUUCUCUUUGGCGAAGGGCACAAGGAGGCUGGUCUCCAGGUGGCCUAGUAACUAGGCUUUUAUAGAUUUUGCUAGGAUGAUUUUUAGGAUAAUUUGAGAAAAAUAGCAUAACUUUCCCAUUUUUUAAAACGUAGCACUGCUAUAGCAUAAUUCGCAUAUUUUGAUAAUUAUCGGAACAUUUUUGGGUUUUGACAGGCACGUUGAUUUUCAAAUCCCAGUUAGACCCUGACGUUGUUCUAUGUUUUAGCGGUAUUAGCAGUUUCCUGAGCACGGAAAUGGGACCUGGGACUAGGGUGUACGGGAAACGGAAGUCCCAUGGCAAACCAUGUCGGUCCCAAUACCUCUCAUAGGCAAAGCUACAAAAUGGCGUCAGCUAUGCUAGCCGAUUCGAGCGAAAACUUACAGCUCUCUCAGAGAAAUGAUGGGCCAGAACCAGCCACAAUUGCCAGAGACCGUUAUAUAUUAUAGCUAACAAGAAUAAACGGCUUCUGAUUAAAGAAAAUGCAGUUUUGGACUUAUUUGCCAUGGUUUUUGAAGAGCACAAUUUAAAAAAAAAGUAGCAUACUUUGGAAAAAUGAGCAUAAUUUUAGCAUAAUUUGGCCAAAAAAGGGCAGUGCUACUGGCAUAAUAUACUACUUUUACUAGCACAAUCUAUAAAAGCCUACCAGUAACUGGCGAUCAGGGGUUGAAUUAUAGAUUAUCGUCCAGCAGUAGCGAGCUAAGCAACGAGAACGCUGACGCCCGGGACUUCAUGAAUAACAACCGGAAGUUUGAUUUCUCUUGAUGGAACGCUUCUGUCUCACACAACAAAUCUGUAUGCCUUUGUUUCAACUCCUGCUGUACGAUUCUGUCAGGUCACAGCUUCCGUUUGCCAUUUUAGAGUCCCGGACGUCAACGCUCUCGUCGCUUAAGGUGCCUAUUUUGUUCCUUGCAGAUCAAAGGAGAGCAAAAGCUACCCACUGAUUUUGGGAGAUGACGUUUUCGACAUUUUUUGCAACAUGACCGUGGCCCCUAUUAACAAUGAAACAUGCGGAGAUGGUGGAUGGUCGCUGGUCAUGAAAAUUGAUGGGAUGGAGGUAUACGAACUUCAAACAUUGCCCAUGUUAUCUUUUAAAUCAUGAAACUUAUGAACUCUGAAACUAACUGUUUAAUUCAUAUUUUGCUUUGCAAAUACAUAAUUGAUCUUAAGGCACUUUCUCCAUUGAGAUCUUCUACCUCAAGUUAUGAAAACCGGGUUAGCAAACAUUUUGUAUUUUUUCUCAACUUCCCUUGUCUUAGCUUGGUUGCCUAUGUCGCUUUUGUCUAUUUGUUUGUUUGCUUUUUUUUUUUGGGGUAGGCAUUUGUGUCGGAAGUGGCUGUAGAGGGAAUUUCGCAAAUUUGCGUUCUUUCUAACCCCCUUCCUCCCUAGACGGUGUCUUUCCGGCCUUACGAAGAAUUCUCUGUCUAACUCAAGUGACAGUUAUUAUUGAAAUCAGUGCGCACCCAAAGCUGGUUUCGGUACCGUUUAGCAGUUUACAUUUCGUCAUUGGUCACCUUGAAAAACGUUUCCCGGAGAGCAUCAUGUAAAGUUCUGAGAUGGGACAAAGUAAAUACGAUUCGCAGCAGGUCUGCAUCGUCCAAUAUCGUAUUGUAUUCUCGUUUCAUCUGGGUAAACGGAUUAACCACCCUAAUCCGGGCUGAGACAGAAAGGUACGAUAUUGUUCGCUUUUCUAAGAUGACCAUUAAGUCUUUGGCCUCGGGAACAGGCUUCUAGGAGCACAACGGACUAGGCGAGAGCAAAAUUUCAGGUGAACUUUGAACUUUGACCCGGGCCAAGACUAUUUUUUUCCGAAGUGAAAACAGGGUCUAUCACUGGUCUGCCGACCGUCCGGGAACUUGAAUAAGACGAGCUAGUGUAAGGUAGAGCUGAUAGAGGUGUUAAUCUGCCAGUGGGCUGAGUUUUUCUGAUAAUAUUUCGCUUGUGUUAAACGUGAGAAGAUUAUGCGUGGUUGUGGACAGUCUUACCAGUGCCGCGAAAGUGUGUGAUUGUGUGAUUUCCGCAUGGUGUUGACAGGUAUGUGAUCACGCGGUUGAACUGCGGUUUCGCCAAAGCAUUCUGUGCCAGCCAUAAAAACUUUUCGUUGGUGUCUAGCUUAGCUGAUUGCGCCUUAGGAAAACCAAUUCUCGACUCAGGAAAGUUGGAUCUAGGUCUAGUUUCAGUAGACUCUUGGCUUUGAAUCAAAAGGCCGGUUUUUGCAGAUAAGAAGGUGAUAAUUUGUUUACUAUGUUUCAAUCAGUUUGUUGUCUAUUCCAUGCCGCUGAAAUCCUGUCAUUUAUCAGGGGCACCCAAAGAUGGUUUCCGACCUAAAUACAUUGAAAACUCUUUUUAGGCUAUCCAGAGUACUUUAAGAUAUCUAGAAACGCAUUCUAAGCGGCGCUAUAAAAUUUGUAUCUGUUCCGGGUCAUCCUAGGGGAACUUGUGUCUUUUCGAAAUUACAAGGGCUUGAGUAUUGUUUUUCCGAAAAUUUUCGAUGAAAUUUGACGUAUUACGAAAGUGAGACAUUUUCUGAUCCCUAACGCCAUCACAUUUUUGAAUCCGAAAAUUUUAGGUUCGCUUUUUUUUCUACGAAAAAUAGUCUAAUUUGGGAAGUUAAAUGUGAAAAUUAAACUUCAGAAAAUCGUAGGGAAUUUAUAAGAUAGUAACUCGAAAAUUGUACAUGAAUGGAACGAUCAUCUAGAAAUUUUUAUAGUCGUCCUCAAGUAAUAGAAAAUUCUAUUAGACCGCGAAAAAGCAUUGUUUUGCUAACUAUUUAUUAUAAGUUGUUAUGUAAGCCCUUACCAGGCACUUUUUGGCUGCAUUUAACUUAAAAAUUUCAAGACUGAAAUGACACCGGUUUGAAACUUUACGGAGUCAGAUUACUGAAUAAAUGUUCUAAAAUUUACGUCAUUUAUACUAGAGACAAGUUAAUAUCCCGGCGUCUAGACGGAUUAUCCGUCAGAAGGAUAAUUCGUCUAAGUAUAAAUCCGAAGACGAAUUUUGCUCCAUAAUUCGUCUAGAUAUUUUACGCUCACAGGUUACACGACGGUGAGGGUGAAAGGCGGAAUGAGUUUGCGGAAUGGCAUGUGGCAUGGCUUGCGGAAUGACAUAAUUAUGCGGAAUGUAAAAUAUAGAAAAUGGCACAAAGAAAUAAAUUAAACUGAGAAACAUGCGCCCCUCUUUGCCGCGCCUCUUUUUGGCGCCAAAUUGAGUGAGCAACUUUUUUACUGGUCCGUUUAUUACUGCUGGCUUAAACCAACAAGGCAGAGCAGAAAGUAGCGAUAAGUUUUACUGCAUUCGUGUCUAUGUAAUACUUCAUUUAUUUUUGUUGCUCUCGACAAUACUUUCUCUCUUUCCUCCCACCAUUAUAAUAAAGUCAAAUGUCAAAACGCUAGAGGGAAAAAAACGCUUGUUGAACGUGAAGUCUGGCUAGCUACAAUUCUAGGGAUUAUUAAUUAAUACGAUGGACGGAUCAGAUCAUUUUUGAGACUAAAUGAAUGCCACGAGUCAAACAUUAAUCUGUAAUCCAGAAAUCGAGUGAAGCGAACUGCUCUCUGUACAUGUCUUCGUUUGGCCUUUCCGCGUGUCUUCGCACCUUCCUUGUUUGUGUGAGUGUGUGCGUUUGAUCGUGAAAAAAUGCUAAAGUGGUAGGAAGGGGAAAAAAAGAAAAAAAGACACACACUCAAUUGCCAGGAUUCGGACUCGCCCUUCUCCGCCAGCUGUGGGCUUCGCGUGCCGGAAACUUAACCAAGCAGCUAAAGAAACAAAAUACAUGUAGAAGAUCCGUUUCAUCUCUGAAUAUUAUGUCACGAUCACGUAACCCACCGUUUGAAAAAGAAACACUUUUCACGCGGUUGCAAAUACAAAUAUAGGUAAAAAGAAACUCUAAAGUUAAUGGUGCAAACAUCUUUUCCAUGAAAAAAUUAAAGUAGAAGGGAGCGUGACCUUCCAAAACAUCUUUUCUUCAAUUAUGACCGACUUUCGUGCGGUAGUACCGGUGCUGCCAUGCAGCCCGACUAAUAAAGGCAAGAAGAAUCUUUCUGGCUGUGCGGAAGAGGCUAAUCGACAAUGAGCCUUCGUGGCUUUUUGAUUGUCAUCGUAUGUCAACAUUAAAACAGCAGCUGCGUUUGCAGAUUGAUUGGCGCCAAAAAAGGUGCACUUUUCAGUUAAAUCUAUUUCUUUGGGUCAUUCUGUAUAUAUUACAUUCCACAUAAUUAUGUCAUUCCGCAAGCCAUGCCACAUGCCAUUCCGCAAACUCAUUCCGCCUUUUACCCUCACCGGUUACACGAUGGAUAUUUCGUCUAAGUAUUAAUCCGAAGACGAGUUUUGCUCCAUAAUUCGUCUAGAUAUUUUACGCUGGUUACACGACGGGUGUUGCAGUGUUGAGGAGCCGAGUUGUCUACGUUCCGUCUAGAUAUAAAAUUAGACACGGAUAACCCGUCUAAGACGAAUUAUCCGUCUGAUAGCACGUCUUCAGGACGUGCUAACAGACGAAUCAGCCUCAGACGACUUUUGCUCCAUAAUUUCUGUUAGCUCCGAAUUUAUACUAGAGACGGAUAAUUCGUCUCUAAUAUAAAUUCGGCCAUUUUGAAAUAUGGACUUGUUGAAAUCGGCUUCUAGGGACCACUAACUUUCUGCCCGGCGCCGUUAAAGGCUUUUAAUCGGCCUUUGAAUGAUUUUUUAUUGUUUAAAAUUAUUGCCAAAUAGUAGACUGAGUUGAUUUUUUUGCUAACUCCAGGUAUACCUACUUUUCCCUUUUUAUUCUUAAAACUAUAUGUGACUAGUACGGUUCUGGUUCCACUAGGGUUAUUGUCAAACUCCUUCUUGCCCCUUAGCGCAGAUACGCUCAGCUUGCAGGGGAUAGUUUACAAUCUACCGAAUUUGUUUUCCGUUCAGAUUAUAAGACUAGGAAUGGGAAACAUCUUCUUCGAGCUGGUUCUAAACUUUCUUGCUCUAGAGCUAGACAGAUCUUUAUUCAGAAAUUUCAGGCCAUUGGAGUGGAUACUAAGCUCUACUCCGUAAAAACGAAAAUCUUAAAUUGAGACGUUUUUUCCUCUGAGAGGCAGGUGCUGAUGUAAGAUAGGUUCUUGGUAUCAAUUUAAGACGGGCCGUCUUAGGUAAGAAAAAACCAUAUAUCUUAAAAUAAGGCGAAUGUAACUUAUUAAAAUAGGCACUUUUCCUCUUGAUCUAGGAUGAAUUCCUCAUAACUUAAGUAUUCUUGACCUUAAACUCAGUAGCGAAACGUCUGCAGCACAAGGUCAGAGAUGUUUAUGUUGGUUUCCGGCCGCCAUGUUGGUUCCCCUAGCUGGACACCAACAUUUCUCCGAAUAUCUCUCAUAUGAAAAAUUGCGCCGACCUGAAUCUUGGUGAGGGUCUUUGCAUUUUUCCUCCCUACAAUUCCCACAUUCUGGAAUUCAUCUAUGACCAGUUUUGAUUUUAGAAUUUUUUAUGGUGUGCUAGUAAAAACAGGCCGCAUUGGUUAAAAAGAUGAAGUGUAAAGUGAUCAAUUGGUGCAACACUAAAUAUUUAAGACAACAAAGGUUACGAUUUAAUCAAAAUCAAGCAUAGGAAAAAUUACUACGUCGCUGUCGUUUUUUUGUAAUUGAAACCUAUGACCUUUUUUUAAAAACAAAAUUACUUUUUUAUAUGUCUUCCUCUUUUUCUAUUACAGGAAACGUUUCGCUACGAUAAGGCCCUUUGGAGCAACAAUGAAACCUUUAAGCUUAUUGGAGGGAAGACUGGGUUUGACGACUAUGAAACGAAGCUUCCCACCUACUGGAACACAUCCUUCACCAAGAUCUGCCUCGGUAUGAAGAUCAACCAUCAGAUCAAGUUUAUUGUAAUUAACAAGCAGGCGAACUCCUUGUAUUCACUGAUCGCUGAUGGGCAAUACCGCAACACCUCACUGGGUCGUGACACGUGGAAGUCGCUGAUUGGUUCUGAGGCCUCCUUGCAGAAAAACUGUAACAAGGAAGGGUUCAAUGCUGUUGGUGGUAAUUCUCGCGAUUAUUCUAAAGCGAGAAUCGGUAUCAUUGGUAACAAUGAAAAAGAUUGCAGUUCCUGUAACUCUAGAAUUGGAUUUGGUACUGGAGGAUAUCCUGGUAAAACCAACUCAUGUGGAAACGAGGCUAAGUGGUCUCCAGAUAAUGGCGACAAGCAUAUUAAGGCAAUGGGGUAUAUUUUAGUGCAGUAA